AUGGUGCGGAGGCAACUUCAGGGUGUAUUGGACAGGCUUGAGCUGGAGAAGGUUGGUCUGUUGCAGAGGGCCUGGCGAGGCGGAUUUGGAUUUCCGAUGGAAGUCUCUCAGGAGGCGCGAUCCCGGCUUCUCCGAGGCAAAAACUUUGUGCCCGGAUCUUGCGUAGUGUUGCGGCCCGGAGAGCUACGAUGUGCCAUUCUGCUGUGCGAACCCUACUUCAGCGCCUCAGGCAACGCUCAGGAUGAGCCUGGCUACUUCUGUGCGGUGGAUGAGCGCGAUCGACACCUGGCCUCCGAGGAUGUCGUCCAUGUGACAGAGUCGGAGCUUAAGGAGUCCGAGUUCGCUUUCCCGAUUCAGGCUCGCAUGGUUACCCACUGGUUAGAGCCUGUGGUUACUCUUGGCGCGUUCCUUCCGAACGAUCGCCUCACCAAGAUUCUGCAGCUGCAUAGCGCAGGUGAGAUUGCACUCGCACCUUCCCUGCCCAAGUCUCGCUUUUGUGUCGCAUCUUCCAUCACUGUCACCUUGCGCAUCUCGAAGAUACACUUGCCUCGAUGUGCCGCCAACAAACUUGCCCAAGAGCAGUCACUGGAAAGUGCGGGUGCUGCAGACCGGCAGGAUGUUCGCAUCAACCAGAUGAUAGAGGGAUGGCACAUCUGCGGUGUCAAAUGCCCGGCUGCGCUGGCUGUGCGGCCUUCCACGGUGCCGGGUGCAGGAUUGGGGCUCUUCGCAGCAGAGGACAUCGAACCCUUCAUCAUAAUUGGCGAGUACACGGGUGAAGUGAAAGAUCUGGCCUCGUACGGUGCCAAAGUUGAUCGACUAGGCCACAGUGAGCUGCACCCCUUCUAUCUCCGACCCGGUCUUCUAGUCGACCCCACGGAUGAGCAUGGUUGUUUGCAUCCAGAAUCUUUGUCUAUGGCCUUCACGAACGAAGCACCUCUAGAUGGAGAGUACAACACGCUUGCCCUGUACUGCCUACGGGCUGGACUUCCACCUGCCGUGUUCUUCUGCACGCAGCAGCUGGUCCGUGCAGGAAGCGAGCUUUUCGUUUGCUACGGAUAUGAUCACCCUCGGCAAUAUCCCUUUGCAGAGCCGACUCCAGAAGCGGACGCGUUGCAGCGCCGAGAAAUCUGCGCGAGGCAUCCGCAACUAUGUCCGGACUUUCCUCCUCCCGUGGAAACAGUUGAUCACCCAACCGUUUCGAAUGAGUUGCACAGUCAGGACAAGGCCGAAAUGCAAGCCAUGCCGGCAGCGAUGUCAAACUUCGAGGUGGGGACGGAGCAGUGGCGGACGGAUCUGUCAGAUGUUGUUCUGCCAACUCCGGCCUACGAUUCCGACUCGGAUUGA